AGCAGCAGUGGCUACAGCGCCCCGCCCUCUCAUUAGCAUAUUGUAGAUGCCCCGCCCUCCCAAAGCAUCAUGGCAAGUUAUAGCGAGUGGGGAAGUGGCUCGGCUUCAUCAAGCAGGUGUCUUUCUCAGGGGGACUUUUUACGCACGGGAAAAAAGCUGGAAAGGAGAGGGAAUUUUUACAGCUUGAGUGUUUCUUUCUCUCAUUAGCUCCUCAUCAAGGUGGACAUUUUUUUGUGGAUGUUCGCAAACAUGGUGUCCAAGCUGACAUCUUUGCAGCAGGAGCUUUUAAGCGCUCUGUUAGACUCCGGAGUUACCCGAGAUGUUUUGAUCCAGGCGCUGGACGACAUGGAGCCGAGCCCGGCCAGUUAUGGAGUUAAACUGGAGAACCUGCACAUGUCUCCGUCGGCGGCUAGAACAAACGGAACCGACGUGGAGGCCAAGCCCGUCUUUCAUACAUUGACCAACGGGCACAGUAAAGGGAAAUUGUCCGGGGACGAAGGAUCAGAGGACGGAGAUGAUUACGACACGCCGCCGAUCCUGAAGGAGCUGCAGUCUCUCAACACGGAGGAAGCGGCCGAGCAGCGCGCAGAGGUGGACCGCAUGCUGGCCGAGGACCCGUGGCGCGCCGCGCGCAUGAUCAAGGCCUACAUGCAGCAGCACAACAUUCCGCAGCGCGAGGUGGUCGACGUCACAGGCCUCAACCAAUCACAUCUCUCGCAACACCUGAACAAGGGCACGCCCAUGAAGACGCAGAAGCGCGCGGCUCUUUACACCUGGUACGUCAGGAAGCAGCGCGAGAUUCUGCGGCAAUUCAACCAAGCACAUGGGUCUGGCACUAAUAUGACAGACAAAGGCAGUCAGGAUCAGGUGCUUCUUCUUUUCCCAGAGUUCAGUCAGCCUGGACCUGGCAUGGGGCAGCCUGGAGAUGAUGCUGGCACUGAACCUGCCCUCAAGAAACUCAGACGCAACCGCUUCAAAUGGGGGCCUGCGUCCCAGCAGAUCCUCUACCAGGCAUAUGAACGGCAGAAGAACCCAAGCAAAGAAGAGCGGGAGGCUCUGGUAGAAGAAUGCAAUCGGGCAGAGUGUCUCCAGAGAGGGGUAUCACCAUCUAAAGCCCAAGGACUUGGUACCAAUUUAGUCACAGAGGUGCGUGUUUACAACUGGUUUGCCAAUCGGCGCAAAGAGGAAGCCUUCAGACAGAAGCUGGCUAUGGAUGCCUAUGGAGGGCAAAGCAUCAAUCCCCUCCUCACACACAGUUCGCCACACCAUUCACAGGCCAGCACCUCUCCACCCAGCAAGAUGCAAGCAGUCAGGUACAACCAGGGUCCCAGUGAAGUCAGCUCCUCAAGCACUAUCAAUCACCACAGCAUGACGAGCAGCCAGUCUGUAUUGCAGCAGGUCUCUCCUGGAGCACUGGACCCCAGCCAUGGCCUGCUGUCACCUGACGCCAAGAUGAUCUCAGUAUCAGGUGGAGGUCUUCCACCAGUUAGUACCUUGACCAACAUCCAUAGCUCCCACCAUGGUCACCAGCAAACACAGAACCUCAUAAUGCCCAUCUCUGGAGUCAUGGCCAUUGCACAGGGUCUGAGCACAUCACAGGCACAAACGGUGCCUGUAAUCAACAGCGUGGCAGGAAGUCUGGCCACCCUACAGCCAGUGCAGUUCUCACAGCAGCUGCAUAGCUCUCACCAACAGAGCCUCAUGCAACAGUCCCACAGCCACAUGAGCCAACAGCCCUUCAUGGCCACCGUUACACACUCACACAUGUACCCACACAAGCAGGAGCCACCACAGUAUUCCCACCCGUCACGCUUUCCGUCCGCCAUGGUAGUAACAGACAACAACAGCCUCAACACCCUCAGCUCAAUGUCCUCCACCAAACAGGAUGCUGCUGUUAACAAGAUGGUACAACUGGGGGGUCUGAACUGGUGUCCUCUGCAAGCCUGGUGAGCGUGUCCACCUGACUUCCUCAAUGCCUAGCAACAGGAGCACAUUUCUCUGGCUCUCUCCCUGCUGUAUCUGUGGAAACUCCUAAUCACUGGCAACAGUGCACUGGAAGAUGAGCUGGUCACUAAUGUAGGGACUGAAAAAAAAGAGGAGAGCAAUCAGAAAGAAGACUCUGGCUUAGUCUAAUCGUACUAUGGAAAGAUGGGAGGAUCACCUGGAAGUCACUACCGUUGAACAAUUUCCAAACUUGCCUUUUGUAACAGUGUUUUGCUUUCAACCACACAAAAAAAAGGAUGAUUCUGACAUCUUUUAAGGAACAAAUGGAAAUGGUGUGCAGUGACGGUGUUAAACUGCCAUGAUUUUGUGUGUAGACUCACAGGGUUACCAAAUGCCAAAGGAUUACCAAUGCUCCAUUGCCGGUCAAGCUGGCUCUUUAAUGGAGGAUUCUUCUCAUCCUGUCCCUGGACUGUCAGUCUAAAACAUCAAUGAGCUCACCUAGACGUAGAUGUUCUGUAAUCAGUUUGCGAAUGAAAUGACAAUCAGCUUAUAUUAUUUUCAACAGGUCUUUUUUUUUGGGUUAGAACUUGAUGGACUGAAUGUGUUGGUUGUGUUUCCUGCAUAUACAUUGCAGUGGGUCUUCCAUUUCCGUUGUUAAUAUGAGUAGUCACUGUUCUGUACAGUUGUAAAUAUGAAUGAAUGAUAAUUAUGCUAUGUCUUUAAAGAUGUAUGUUUUUUUUUUCCCAACAAACUGUGAUUUAGAAAUGACAAUCUUUAGAACAGAAAGGACUAUGCAAUGUACUGAAUGGCACAAAGAAAUUGUGGGAUUAGCCCAUUUCCUGCAGAUUUACAAACAGUUACACCAGCAAAACAACGUGGGAUAAUAGCAUUGUCAAAGCCAAGCUGCAGAUAUUGCACACGUUUUCCUUAUUUCCAUUUUGGAAUCUGAGAAUGAUACCAUGACAAGGAAUCCUUAACGUAAUGACAUUAUUCUCUAAACAUUAGUGAUGGUAUCACAGAUAGGUUAUUAAGAGUCUCUAGAAUGGUAAUUGAGAGGCUGAUAACUGUGAGUAGGAGGGUAGUCUGUCAUCAGGUCAUGGUCACCAGGACAAACAGUAUUACCCACUUAUGCAAUUAUCAGGUGCAGUACGGUACACAAAACAUGAUGUAAUAACCCAUACACUCAAACACUAGUCACCACAUGCAUUAAAUGAAUUUGUGGACUGCUCGAUAUGGAAAAUAGACGAGAAGCAAUUUUGUCGGUUUGCUUAGCUCUUUUAACUCUCACCUGUUGUUCUUACUUUCCAAUAGGUCAUUUCUGAAAAAAGAAAAAAAAAAAGAAAGAAAAGCUUUUAUUGAGCGUAUGCAACUUGGUUACAACGUCAUUCUCAACACAUGCCAUUAGAUUUUGUCAGUCUUGUAUUAUUUUUGUAUAAAAUGAAAAUCAAUGUUUUAAAAUCAUUAUUUAUACUGUGAGGGGGGGGGGAUGAUGAUGUUUUAAGUAAAGGCUCUUUCCAAGA